AUAAAUGAAUGACUCAUUAAAAUAAUGGGAAAAUAUAUAUAUAUUUCGACUGAAGAUGUAAUCAAAGGCUUUUGUAACUGAAAGAGAAAAAAAUACUUAACAAGAAAGUGAUCCAAAAAAUGGCGGAUCAACUGACAAAUUCAGAUCCAAAGUUAGUCAAAGACACCAUCAGUUUGAUCGGUGAUCUUCUUGUGCAAUACGGAUGGUAUCUAUUGUUAGCCAUCAUCUCAAUAGCUGUCGUCUACAACAAGUAUUUGUCACCACUUUUGGAUCGAUUAAGACAUCAAAGGGCUAAUGAAGAUACGGAAACAGUGGCCAAUCGGGUCCAGCAGUUAGAAGCGGCCCGAAGACGGCAGCAAGAGUUAUACGACAAGAAGGCCCAAGAAUUUAAACAAAAAGAGGCGGAAAUUGAGUCGAAAAAACAGGAAGAAGUGAAACAAUUGCUGAAAUCAGUUGAUCCAAACAAACCCGACUCUAUGGUCAAUGCUCUACGAAAACGACAGUCAAAGCCUUUGCGUGACAACAGCUAUAAUCCGUUGAUGGGCUCGUCUUCGGGCAGCACUUUCAGACCCUCCCGAUCGUGUGGACCGUCCAGUGGUGGGUGAGGUUAAAGUUUGGUCAGUACAUAGUCAUCACAUAUAGAUUAUGGACUGAUCUCUGUUUUUUAAGUUCAAUGCAUUUACAAUAAAAAAAUAUGACGUCUUUUUCAUAAAGUUUUGUCCCAAAAAAACCUGAAUAAAGACCGAUAACUAAUGCAUUGAAUUUAAUUAUUAUUGUUGUUU